AUGCUUACUAUUUUGCUCUCGUUCAUCGUUUCAGAUAUCAACGCCUUGGUGAUCGGUGGUGGUGCCUCGCCAAACACUUGCCAGCCAUGCCUCGAUGCACAGAGUCAAUGGAUGAGUUGGGGAGCAUGGAGUACUUGUCAAAGGAAUCCAUAUGGAGUUGAUUCGCAAACGAGGACCCGGCAAUGCUCGGGUUCGGGUGUCGAGGAGCCGCCGAUGAGUCGAGACAGUGCCAAGUCUAUCGAGAGCCGACUCCAGAAUGGAAUCAAUGGGGAUCAUGGAGCAGUUGCAGCAAGUCAUGCGGUGGUGGAGUUCAACAUUGUUGCUCGUGGACCCAAUGGUCAGAGUGGUCAGCUUGUUCGGUGUCUUGCGGAAACGGGAUUCAGACGAGAAAUCGCGGCUGCAGUUGCGCUGACAACUCGUGCCCCGGCUCAUCGAUUGAUG